AUGUCCACUUCCUCUAAAAAUGGUCUCAUUGUAGCCAUGGAUGACAUCCAUAUUGGCAGUCAUGACAAUGAGACGUGUAGUGAUUAUGUCUUAAUCCAAGGUUCAAACUCUACGGCUACCAAAUGGUGCAGAAAUAAGACCGAUAUUUCUGGGAUAGAGUUUCCCGGACAAUCCCACGUAGACAUUGGAUUUCAUGCGGCAAAUUCUACCCCGAGUUUUGGAUAUUGUUUCUCGAACAAUAAUACAAAAUGCAGUUCACCUGACGGAAAACAAUGUAUUUCAAAUGCAUACCAAUGCGAUGGACACAGAAAUUGUCCCGAAGGUGAUGAUGAAAAUGGUUGCCCUCUAACCCCUACCACUACUAUCACACCAACACAUCACACGACGUCAUCGGCAACACCUUCUACGAUACCCUAUACAACACACCAGACAACUUAUCCGACAUAUGUACCCCCAUAUCCCAUACCUACCCCAAAACCUCCUGGUCCGAGUGGUGGUCUUAUAGCACUGUUAGUGAUGGUCUCAUUAAUCGUGGUCUUAAUUAGUGUCUUUGUUAUCUUGAAGGGUCUUAAGAAACGACGAGAUCAUAGCGGAUACUCUAAUAAUGUCGUCAAGUGA